AUGGUCUCCGCGGAACAAACCAAAAAAGAUGAAGUUCCAAAAUCGAGUGAUAAAAAAAUUAAGUCAGCAGAAGUUAAACUUAGUAAAAUAUUAAAUAAAAUAAACAGUCUCAACUUAAAUUGUUCCUUUUUAUCUAAAGUAGAAUUGCCUAAGAAGAGUAAGUCGCGCCUAAACAUUAUCAACAUUUACGGUUUUGUGCUGAUUGCUAUUAUUUUUGGUUUUGUUUGGUGUAUUUUAGGGGGAAAAUAUUCGAGCUGCAUCCUAGAAAUGCCUCCAAACGCAAAGUCCAUGUUUCGAGCGCCCGAAGACUGCUCAAUGUGUAUGGGAGUGGAGAACAUUACGCGACUUUCCGACAUCAGUUCUGAAGAGUUUGAGGAAUACUACGCGUACACCACUAAACCUGUCAUAGUCACUGACGCUACUGAGGACUGGAGAGCUAUGAAAGAAUUCGAUUACAAAUUCUUCGCGGACUUCUACCGCAACGGUAAAAUGGGGAGGAAGACAAACGAUUGCUUCUACUUCGCUUACAAGUCGGGGCUGGAUUCCUUGGAUGCUGUAUUCAACAUGGAUGAUCAGCGAGCUAACCUCUCUGGUGACCCGUGGUACGUCGGCUGGAGCACUUGCUACGACGAGGAAACGAGGAAACUCCGGGCUUAUUAUAAGCGACCGUACUUCUUACCGAAAACAGCGGAGAGCGAUAUGGUGGAUUGGAUCUUCAUGGGCGGGCCGGGCCAGGGUGCGCACAUGCAUGUGGACAGCGUGCGGCACAUGUCGUGGCAGGCGCAGGUGCGCGGGCGCAAGCGCUGGGAGCUGGCGCCGCCGCCGGAGUGUCUGUACACCUGCGCCUGGAUCACCUUCACCGUGGAACCCGGCGAGAUCCUGGUGGUCGACACCAACCGUUGGUACCACAAGACCACGGUCCUGCCCGGGGACAUCAGCAUCACUAUUGGAGCUGAAUAUGAUUGAAGAUUUCAUUGUUUACCCCACAGACAGGAAUAUAAUAAA